AUGCAGGCGGAGUUGGCCCUGAUUCACAAGGGAGUCUCUCUUGAACCAGCCUUGGCACAUGCGAUCAAGUUGGCGGAAGGCGGUGUCACCCUUGCGGACAAACGUGUUGGAUAUCUCUUCGUCCAAGAACACAUGCGCUCAAAUCACCCCGCAGCAUUGCUCCUCGUCAAUACCAUUCGCAAAGACUUGGAGUCAGGCAACGAUGCUCGUGUUGCUCUCGCCUUGUCAGCUCUCAUUCAUCUUCCAAAUGAAGACGUCAUUCCAGCAGUUCAGAUUCCACUCAAGGAUCUAUAUCGUCAUCAUUCUUCUGCGAUCCAACGUCUGGCCUUGGCGGCUGCAGCUUCGUUAGGUAAACUCGACAUUUCGGUCCUGGAGGACGUUUUGUCUAUUGCUCCGAACUUGAUUCAAGGCGAUGAUGCAAUGGUCUUAUCAUCUCUUAUCGACGUUCUGAACGUUGCGGUUGAGUGUUCUUCUUUCAACAACUUGCCCAUCGUGGCGAAUCUCGUUCUUCAGAUGUGGAAUACGCGGACAAACGACAAUCCUACGGCUGCUGCAACACUUGUUCUUAAGCUCGUGCAAACUACGGGAUCUGUGCUUUCACACCCGGAUCCACCCGAACGCGAAAAUCUUGAUGCAUAUAUUCACCAUGUCAUGGCUGAUUAUACCACUCGCGUUGAUGUACGAAGCAAAGUGCUUGUUCUGCAGUUCUGCCGACACGCCAAUUUAUCGUUAACUGAAGAGGUACAGGCGAUGAUAUUGAAGCCUAUUCGAGCGGUUCUUGCUGAAUAUCAUCCGUCAUCAAACGACUUAUAUUGGGUUCUCACAUGUCUCGAGCUGCUUCCAGUGCAGUUCUGGUCCAACACCUUAGACGAGGCAGAGGUAAAGGUUCUUGUCAAAGCCCUAAAUGAAGAGGAUGAGAGCACUCGUCGAGCUGCUUUGCGAUUGUUCAAGAAGGCAGAUCGACAGAUACUGAAGGUACACUUUGAGUCACUAUGUGAAAGUACCCAAUCAGAGCGUGCUAUGGAAGCUGCCGGGAUUUUGGAAGAAAAUGGAGAUGGUUAUGCCCGGCGCGUGCGACAGAUUCUGACGCGAAGAGAGAAGACAGACAGACGGCAAAACAGGAAGAAGGGCGAAUCUGCCCAGCCCGCUAAAGUAUCAGAGGAGGUCGUGAGCAUGGUUCUUACGGCCCUGAGGGACCGGGACGAUUCUUAUCGGUCUGCGUUCACUGGAGCAAUCUUGAAUUCCAUCCAAAACCACACUCCUGGGCCAACACUCGUCCUCAUUGCCACCGCCAUUUCCUGCGAAUACGUCGACGAAGUCCAGAUGAAACCAGAAAAAAUUGCUGAAAUCUUAUGUACUUGUCUCCCGCAUGCGACUGGUAGUCUCUCCCCCUCUCUGCGAGACAAUCCUCUGACGGGCAUCCUAGCUGCGAUUCAAGAGGCUGUUUUGAUCGCAAUUCUACGUGUCUGUGCAAAUUGCGAUGUUAUACCUGCGACGAUUAUUGAGACAGUGGAGAAUAUUAAACCCUCUGCAGGUCGACACAUUCAACGACGAUGUGAACAAUUUGCAGCUCUAUGUCAGGAUCGUUCUACACUGCUUCGACUAGCUAAAUCACCUUCGUCAAGGACACUACCUGGAUUUAUGGCACAAGUUGAGUCGCACUUUCUACCCGCCAGAUCUCUACCCCCUUCCCCACCACAGCUCCCGUCAUCUCCUGGGGCCACAAGCCGAAAGCUCAGGUACACGCCAUAUGACUCACCAGAUCGCCCACCACUGGACCCAUUCCUCCGAUCUGGCUCCAAUUCUUCUGCUAGGUCCAGAUCGCGAACCCCUGAAACAACAGAGCACAAUCCUCUAGAUCGUACCGUGACGCCAGGUGAACUGGCAUUGAUGAUGCAGGAUGCCAAUCUCCGAUCGGCCUCUCGUUCUCCGGCGCUCGUCACGCGUAAGGAUGCGCAAUCUGUCAGCACGCCAAGUACGUCAUACCGAUCCGAUCUGAUCGCCCUGGACUCGCCUGAAAGACCAAAUUCGGGGAUGGAACCGUUUGACUCGGAGUCUAGCGUGUCAGAUACUGUUCUUCCGGAGGUGCCGGCGUCAACCGAAGCUUUCGACGAGCUAUGGCGCCAAGUGGGGGUUGCGAAAGAACAUGUCAUGCGCGGGUGGUGUGGGGACACGCCUCAGGCCAUCGUGGAACAGCUUCGAUCAAAGGGAUUUGAUCUUGUUUCUUGGUCAAAUGAUACCUCUGCCAUUCGGGUCUUUUUGCGUUCUGAACACGCUUAUGCAGUGCUUCUUUGUCGCGAAGGAGAUGACAGCAGCUGUCUAUGGAUACUCAAGUCAUUGUAUCCAGUACUGCGAACAACCAUACGAGACGCGUUACAAGACAGUGGCUGAAGCGCCCAAUUUGGAAGGGAGAACAAUGCCACUCCGGAGCAGGGCUGGAAAGCUUUCCGAAAUCCCUUGGGACAGCUUCGGCGGAUGAUCGAGCGUUAUAUGGACUUUGGA